UUCGCGACCGACACAUCUCUACCACGCAGCUCUGGUCACUAGUCUCGAGGACAGAAGCACUCCCAAAUCCCUCCGCGAGGAAACAGAAGCCAAAACAGCUGGACCAGCUCGGUCCUUUACUCACACGUCUUUAUCAAAACAAGAUGAGCAAAUUAUUUUUGUUGCUUCUCUUCUGUCACGUUUCAUCACCAGUGAAACACUCCCUGAAGUAUUUCUCCACAGGAUCUUCUGGAGUCUCAGACUUCCAGCUUGAGGUUACAGGACUGGUUGAUGACAUUCAGACGGUUUACUGCGACAGCAACAAAAAGAUAUUAGAACCAAAACAGGACUGGGUGAAAAAAAUGUUCGAAGAUGAUCCUCAGCACUUGGAGCAGUUCGCCCAAGAGUGUUUUGAGAAUCUGCCAAACUUCUUCAAAGCCACGAUUCAUAGUUUGAAGCAGGACUUAAACCAAAGUGGAGGUGUCCAUGUUUUACAGAGGAUAUGUGGCUAUGAGUGGGAUGAUGAGACUGGAGAGGUUAAUGGUUUUAUGCACUAUGGUUAUGAUGGAGAAGACUACAUAUCAUUCGACCUGAAGACAUUGACAUGGAUCGCUCUGAAACCACAGGCUGUCAUCACCAAACUGAGAUGGGAUGCUGACAAAGCUAGAAUAAAAUACAAUGAGAAUGGUCUCACUCAGAUUUUCCCUGAGUGGCUGAAGAAGUAUGUGGACUUUGGGAAGAGCUCUCUGCUGAGAACAGAGCUUCCCUCAGUGUCUCUCCUCCAGAAGACUCCCUCCUCUCCAGUCAGCUGCCACGCUACAGGUUUCUACCCUGACAGAGCCGUGAUGUUCUGGAGGAAAGAUGGAGAGAAGCUUCAUGAGGAGGUGGAGCACGGAGAGAUCCUCCCCAACCACGAUGGAUCCUUCCAGAUGAGUGUUGACCUGAACCUUUCAUCAGUCACACCUGAAGACUGGAGGAGGUACGACUGUGUGUUUCAUCUCUCUGGUGUGAAGGACGACAUCGUCACCAGACUGGACAAAGCAGUGAUCAGGACCAACUGGGAGAAGCCCAGUGACAUGACCGUCCCCAUCGUUGCUGCAGUGGUUGUUCUUGUUCUCGUCCUCAUCGCUGCCGCUGGAUUCAUUGUUUACAAAAGAAAGAAAGCCAAAUGCCCUCCAUCUUCUCCUGACAACGGCUCUGAGCUCUCUGAGAGACUGAAUCAGAGACCUGAAUGACAAACAAACUGAAUGAGUUUCCUCUUAUGGGAUGAACAAAGUAAACACUUUGACAUGUGUCACAUUAUAUAGCUUUACAGAAGUAAAAGAUACUAAAAGAUGGCUUCCUGCAACAAGAAGUAAUAGUUAUGAUUGAUGUGCUUUAUAUGUAAAUGUUAAAUGUAAUAGUUUAUUUCACAUUAUAAAUUUAUAAUUGAAAUUCUAAAUCUGUUUUAAAAAAUGUUGAUAGAUUUCUUUUCAUGAAUCUUUAUUAGGGGUCAAUUAACCCUAUUGUAUCUGCCCUAAAAGUAUCUCAGAAACUAUAACAGCUACAGUUCCCAAACUCGGCAGCUACUCCUCCUACAAAUUUUGAGCAAUCACCAUCAAACAUCAUGAUUUUCACAUAGCAUCUGGACCAAUCCAGGAAAAAGAAAAAAUUGAAUUUUUUAUAUUUGGUACGGUUUGGAUGUGCUGACAUUUUUCAGCAUAUCCACUGAUUGCAUCACUGCAACCUAUGGUCAAUUCAGAAGUCUGUUACUCUAUAUUUUUCAAAAUAUGCAAAAUCAAUUAACAUCUAUAUCUCCACAAGUCUUCAUUCAAAUGCUACCAAAAUUAACACAGACAUUCUCUGGAUGGUAGAUAUCAUGGUGUCAAACAGUGAGUCCACAGUGAUAUUCAAUAUCUUGCUGUAAUUUGUACUGCAUGCACAACAUUUCCUUUUUUGCUCAGUGUUGGAUCAAAUGUCACCGAAAUAUUUGACAAUACACCCGAAACCAGCAGAAUGAUGUAUGAUUAUUUUCAGAAGUUUCUCACCAACAUUUUGACUGUUGUGUUUUAUGUUUAAACACGUGUGAUGUCAUUGCCUCAACAUGUAAGAAGGUUAGUGGAAACUACGCUCCCCAGUGGUGCAGUCACUAAUUCACCUUCUCUGGGGCUACAAAGGUCCACGGUUCAAAUCCCCAGGCAGUGAAGUCCUACUUGCCAACAAUGUGGCAAUUCAUGCAUGUGGUGUGUUUUCAAGUGCUCACUGAGGUCAUAUCAGGUUGAAGGUUGCCUAUUGUGACCCCGUGAAAAUUUCUACUCAUUGUUGUUUUUUCUCUGCUAAGAAGUGUUUGUGCAGCAAAAACCGUAAGACCUAGAAACACAAAAAUUGGCAGGUGGAUUGCAAAUUCCACCCACUACUCAGGCACAUGCAAUGACACUCAUUGACCUCAAGGUGGCGCUAUAAUAAUCAAAUCUACAUUUUCGCAAUUAUCUUGUAAAUGGCUUGGCCUAGAGUCAAAAUUCUUUCAUCAUUUUAAAGAUUAAAUAUUUUUAUCUUAUCUUUUAUUUUACAUUGAUGCAAAAAUGUGUUUUCUAUCCACGUGUGUAAGCAUGUUAAAUUAGUGUUAAUAAUAUUUUUCUUUUAGAAUAAGUGAAUAAGAAAUGAAGAAAUUGUAUACAAUGUUCAAAAUCUCCUCUUGUGACGGAUUACUGAAACCAUGUUCUUUUCUUUGAUAAGACAGGACAAGGGACAUAAUUCAUGAAAAGUUCCUCAUACCACAGGUGUUACUAACUAGUAGCUAUUGGUAAGACUAGUGGAACCAGAUAGACAGUGAUGGUGGCUGGACUACUGAGCGGGCCAUGGCAUUCACAUGAGGUUGCUUAUCAAGUCUGUUGGGCCAGCCAAUGUAGUUUAGCCUGAGCAGAUACGAUGUAGAUAUAAGGCUGCAGAGUGUCUGCUCUUUGCUUGGGUGAGUGAAGGAUUUAAAGGCAGCUUAAAGGUACGUUAGGUCAGGGUUAGAGAAUAGUGUCGCCUGUCACAGGGCCAACUGCAGGACCUAAUGAUAUCAUUUAACAUGAAUACUGGGCUUCCAUAGGAAUGCUCACCCAACUUUUGGCACAUCUGAUAACCAGAAAUGAAUGUCAAAAUCAAAUGUAUUGCUCUUUCUUUUGGUGCUGAUGUUUUGCUUUUCAAUAAAGUCCCCAAUUUUCAAGA